UUUCUCUUGCUCUCCCCCCUCCGCAAACCCGUUACGCUGCUCCUGUUGGUGCUGAGUUCCUUCCCUCGUUUUGUCGCCCCUCUAAAUUACUCUCUUCUUGCUGUCUCGGUGACCACCCUCCGUCCAGUACCCAAACCAGGCCCUGUUCACACAUACCGAUCUGUCAUAAUGUUCUUCGCUACUUUUAUGCAUAACCAGCCCUGAAUGUCUAGCUGUUGUGGGGGCUGCAGCCUCACCCUGGAGCAGACUGAUUUGGUGACUCCAUGGCAACCGAGGUGAAGGUGACUGGGCAGAACCAGGAGCAAUUCCUGCUGCUGGCAAAAUCUGCCCGUGGAGCUGCCCUGGCUAGCCUUAUCCAUCAAGUACUGGAAGCCCCUGGCAUUUAUGUUUUUGGGGAACUUCUUGACAUGCCCAAUGUUCGAGAGCUUGCAGACAGUGAGUUCUCCCCUGUGUUCCGCCUGCUCACCGUCUUUGCAUAUGGGACGUAUUCAGAUUACCUGGCUGAAGCUGGGAAUCUGCCUCCCUUAACCGAAGCUCAGAAGAACAAACUGCGCCAUCUGUCUGUGGUCACGUUGGCUUCCAAGCUUAAGUGCAUCCCUUAUUCGGUGUUGCUGGAACAGCUCCAGUUGAAGAAUGUGCGCCAGCUGGAGGACUUGGUGAUCGAGGCGGUGUAUGCAGAUGUCCUGCGGGGCAGCCUAGACCAGCGCAACCAGCGACUGGAGGUGGAUUACAGUAUCGGGAGGGAUAUCCGCAGGGAGGAGCUCAGCGCUAUCACCCGCACCCUUCAGGAAUGGUGCCAGGGCUGUGAGGUGGUCCUUUCCAGUAUUGAAGAACAAGUUAGCCGAGCUAAUCAACACAAAGAGCAGCAGCUAGGUCUGAAGCAGCAGAUUGAAAGUGAGCAGGUGGCAAAUCUGAAGAAGACAAUUAAGGUGACCACGGCGGCAGCGGCGGCGGCAACAUCACAGGAUCCCGAACAGCAUCUAUCAGAACUGCGGGAGCCGGUGCCGGGCACCAACCAGCGCCAGGCCAGCAAAAAGGCUUCCAAAGGCAAAGGGCUCCGAGGCAGCGCAAAGAUCUGGUCAAAAUCAAACUAGCAGGACUGCUGACUGGGGAGGAUGAACAGUUGUCCCACGUUUGGUGCUUUCUUCUCCAACCUGGAUGUAUUUUCUGUGCAAUGCACCCCCCCCCCCAAUACCCAAUCUUCUCUUUCCCCCCACUCUGGAUAUAUUCAGCUCUUCUCUCAUUUUGCUGCCCUUUACUAAUCCUUUACAGAUCUUUUUUGUUUUGAAUGUUUUAAGCUUUUUACUAUUUUGCCUAGUUUCUCUUUGUUUUCCCCCCAUUCCCAUUCUCUGUGGUGCAUUUUAAAGAGCCAUAACAUGAGCUCUGUUUCAAUUACAUUUUCACCAACAAAAUAUUGUGGAAGCCUGGGUGGAAAUGAACCUAGCACCAAGUAGCUGCUUGGGUUCUCUGGGACACUGGUGCUGGGACACAGCUUGACAACUCAGCUUUUUGCUUUGCUGGGUUCAGUGGGGAGGGGAUGCGUGAGUGAAUAUUGGAUGGAUUUUUAAAAAUAGUAUAAAAUAUAAAGUGAUUUAAAGAAUAAAUCUAUGGACAUAUCUACAAA